AUGGCCCCCGCCGCAAAGCACCCCACGAUCGUCAAGAAGCACCGCAAGAGGUUCAACCGUCACCAGUCGGACCGCUUCAAGUGCGUCGACCCAUCAUGGAGGAAGCCUAAGGGUAUCGACAACCGUGUCCGAAGACGCUUCAAGGGCCAGGCCGCUAUGCCUAAGAUCGGAUACGGCUCCAACAAGCUCACCCGUCACCUUACCCCCUCCGGACACAAGGCCUUCCUCGUCUCAAACACCCGGGAGGUUGAGCUUCUCUUGAUGCACACCAAGACCUUCGCCGCCGAGAUCGCACACAACGUCUCUGCCCGCAAGCGCAUCGACAUCGUCGCCAGGGCGAAGCAGUUGGGCGUCAAGGUCACGAACGGCAACGCCAGGGUGAAGACCGAGUCGUAGAGGAUUGUUCCACGUUUGUGCGUCGAUGAAAGGGAGAUAGCAAACACGAUGGGUUGAAAGGGGCGGGGCAUACACGGCGUCCAACAACUUUUUUUUUGAAGUCUGAACCGGACACAAAGGACAAAAAAAGGUCAAUCAAAUAUGGGGAGGAUGACAGAGGAAAAGGCACGAACACGAAUAACUCUUCAUCAUAUGAUCCAUGUGUUUUUUUCUCUCGAUAAAAAAGAAUCCAUUUUCAAAUAUUGAGGAAAGUCACAAUGCUUUUUUUCGUUCCCUUUGUUAGAAAUGGCUUUCCAAUUGGAAUGCUGUACAGCACCGACGACCGACGUAGCCUCCAUCCAGCGCUUGCAAUGGAAGAAAAGUAAAAAGUCUUACACAG